CAUAAGUGCAGGAGGAUGAAGAGUGGGUAAGGGAGGUUGAGAAAAAGGGAGGAGAUGCUGAAAAUAGAGGGAUGGACAUCAUGUUGCAGUGAGCAGACUUUUUAGAGCUCAGUAAAAAAAACCAGUCAUUUUAACUCAGCAGGGAGGGCGAAUGCUCGGAAACUCUCUCUCUCUCCUACUUUCCUCUCGUUGCUUUGUCUCCCCUUUAUUCUCCUCUCUGUCUCCUGCAGUGUGCUGUGCUGUUCGCAAGAUAAACCCGGGAUAACACACUCUGACUCCGAGGAGAAGAUGAAGUCCCGUCUUGUUUUCCUCGUCGCAUGUGUGACGCUGCUCUCACUGUGUCACGCCGCUCCUCUGUUGUACAACGCAUCCAUGGAUGGCAGCGGUGAUGAAGCGGAGCUGGAGCUCAUUUUUCCAACCUCCUUCUCCACUCGAGCACCUGUUGACAUCUCUGCUGCUACCGGAGCUCCCACCCUCACCAACACCAUCACCACCACCAUGAUCCGCCUGAAGGACUUCGUCUUUACCCGAGUGGUGGACUUCCUGCAGGAGAAUCUGCUCAUCAUCAUCGUCGUGACCUCUCUCCUCAUCGUCAUGGUCUUCAUCAUCUGCUGUGCCUCUGCCAUGAGUCACAAGCGCAAGCUGGAGGCCUACAAACCCCCUCCUCAACCAAACAGGAAGUACACGGCCGAUAAGACAGGCGGACGCAAGAAUUCAAGCGAGCUCCAGGAGAGGCCGUACGCCGUCGACCACGUCAAGAGGGUCCAGACUCAGAGCAUGGCCUCCCCCAAGAACCUGCGCCAGCCCUCCAAGGCUCUGGUUGGGGAGAAGGGGAGAGACGUCAGGUCGUCGCCCCGCCAGGAGGUCAGAAAGGUCAGGGAGGUGGAGGAAGUGGAGAAGCGGAGAGAGGAGCCCAAGCACAAAGAGCAGCCAAGGCAUAGGGAGGAGGUGCAGCAGAGCUCCAGCCCCAGCACCAGCGCCGCUCAUACAGGCUGCACCUGCCACCUGAAAAAGGCCCACCACUAGGGCAUGGUCAGGGCUGAUGUUGGCAUGAGAGGUUGCAACCGUGACAUAAAAUCAAGAUCAGACAGGUUGGUUAUACUGCACACAUAUGGAAAUCUGAAAUACCUUUUUAUAACUGCCAGCAAGAAAAAUUAUUUAUGAGGCUCGUGUCCUUAAAUGAAAAAAACAUCCAUCGAUUAAACAGUUAAAUCUAAACGUUCAUGAAAAUAUGAACUAUCGCCUGAUGUAAAAAUUAAAUUUAUAGAAGAUAUGUGACUGGAAAUCUAAAUACUCAACUGUGUUGCUGCUUAAAUCCUGUCUAUAAAUGUUGCAUCUCACAGUUUUUGAUUCAUACUAAGAUUAAAAAGCCAACCUUCCAGUGGCUCAGUGGUCUGUUUGUCUUCAGUCUCAACCGCCUGAUAUCAUAUCACUGUGCCAUUGAGGUAGCAUCCCUUUUUCAUAUGGAAAUGAUUUUUUUAGAGGAGAAAGACAAAAAAUAGAUAUUAUAAAAUAAAAAGAAUGGGCAGCCUGUAAUUUCCCAUGCUUUCCAAAUAGAAAUGACCAAAAACGUAAGGGGAGAACAGGGUUGGUUGUCACCCUCCCUAGAGGGCGCUGUUAAAAUGUGUUGGUACUGCAAUUUUCAGAAUUGGGGUCAGAGGUCACCUGCAGGGUCAUUUCAGGAGUGAGACACUUGACAUUGAGGUGAGAGGACUUAGUGUUUUUCAUGUCAAAAAGUAAAUAUGCAGCUCUCCUAUGUUUCUCUCCGAGGCUUUUGCACCAUGGGUUUAUAAUAAAACAAUGAUUACCAUUAAAACGUAUGAAGGGAGAGCUAUUUAGAUAGUUUAGACAGAUUUUCUCUUAGCCACGCUACAACAUGUGGUUGUUAGCUUAGUCACCAGCAAAAAAAUCCCAGUUGGGGACGCUUGUCAUAUUCACUUCUGGGUUGGUUGUCACAUGUAACUGAUAGUGAGUGACUGUAAUAAGGAUGAGAUAAAGUAACAGUGUGUAGGAUCUGGCGGUAUCUAGACGUGAGGUGAGGACAUUGCAACCAACUGAAGCCUCUCCUGUGUACCGAGCGUGUUGGAGAGCU